AUGGGUGGCUCACCUCCUUGCGGUGAUUCCGUCCGGUCUGUAAAGGACCAUCGCCGACAAGCAGUAACCUCGAAGAAAUGGCAAUCAAAACACGAGAACGAUUCCUCAAUCACUUUCUCGCCAGACGAUGCCAUCGGCGUCCAUUUACCUCACAACGACCCACUGCUAGUCGAGGUAGGAAUUACGAAGUGUGACGUCGCUAAAGUGUUGAUUGACACAGGCAGUUCAGUCGAUUUAAUCUGUCGAGAUACGCUCGAUAAGAUGGAAGUCGACCUGCGCGACAUGAAACGAUCAUCUCGCUCCCUUACAGGAUUCAACGGUGCUUCUGAGACAAUGAUUGGUACAAUCAAACUCCCCGUCUAUGCCUGCGGAGUGAUACGCACGGUCAAAUUCUCAGUCAUCCGAAUGAAAGCUCCUUACAACGCGAUCCUUAGAACCCCCUGGUUACAUUCUGUUAAGGCAGUGUCUUCGACGUAUCAUCAGUGCGUGAAGUUUCCAGGACGAAACGGUGAAGUGCAGACGCUUCGCGGAGACCAGCAGGCCGCUCGCGAACUACUCAUCGCAACGGUGAAAAUGCAACAAUCAACUCCUCGCAUCAACGCGAUAGCAAAGCAAAUUCAACCUCAGAAAGACGAGAUUUUAGAAGUCACCAUCGACGACUCUGAUAAGAGCAAAGUAGUCCGAGUCGGAGCCUUCCUCAACGAAGAGAUGCAACGCGCAGUCAUCGACUUUCUCAAGGAGAACGCUUCAACGUUUGCUUGGGCGACAUCGGAUAUGAAAGGAAUAAACCCCGCCAUCACAUCCCACGAGUUGAAUGUCGAUCCAACCAUCAAACCCACUCGCCAGAAGAGACGAAAGCUAGGUCACGACCGAAGCAAAGCUGUCGACGAAGAAGUUGAGCGACUCCUCGCAGCUAGCUCAAUCACCGAGGUGCGAUACCCCGAGUGA